GUCAGUAAAGGAAGACGUUAGGUGCGUGUGUUGGCAGCUGGCGUGUUCCACGUUGGUGCUACUCCCGCUGCCUUGCGUCUCUAGCUCUCGACGUCACUACUUUCCACAAUCUACAUUUCCUAUUUCAGAGAUCUUCUGCAGCAUGCUGGGUGGACUGAAAAGGCUGCUUUUCAUCCUUUUCCUGGUACUCCCAGUCAUUAUAUCUAUAACUAAUGGAGGACACAUGAAAGCUUGGGCACAUGAAGAUGAGGUGGAAGGUGAGGAGGAUGAACUUUCUGAUGAUGAUGAAGUAAAUGUUGAUGAUGGAACUGGUGGAGAGGUGGAGACAGCAGAUGGAGGUGAAGAGGAAGAAGAGGAAGAUGAAGAAGAAGCUGCUGCCAAAGGAUCACCAGAUGCUGAUACUGUGAUUCUCUUUACCAAGCCUGUUGGUGCUGGCACUGAACUGCCUGCUGGAAAACUUGUAGAGUUCCUUGUGGGAUUCACCAACAAUGGAGACAAAGACUUCAUAUUGGAUGCUAUUGAUGCUUCUUUCCGCUACCCAAUGGAUUUCAAUUUCUACAUUCAGAACUUCACUGCCAUUCCCUACAACCGAGCUGUCAAGCCUCGCCAGGAGGCCACAGUAAUGUAUUCCUUCUACCCAGCAGAAGCUUUUGCUGCAAGACCCCUUGGACUCACUGUCAACCUUGCCUACCAUGAUGCUGAUGGCAACUCCUUUUUGGAAGCUGUUUUCAAUCAGACUGUAAGCAUUGUUGAGCUGGAUGAGGGUAUGGAUGGAGAGACAUUCUUCUUGUAUGUGUUCCUGCUGGCAUUCAGUGUGCUGCUGUUGGUGGCUGGCCAUCACUUUCUCUCCUCAUUCGGCCGCAAGAAGGGAAGCAAAAAGGCUGUCGUGGAAGUUGGUACCAGCAAACGUGACGAUGUGGACUAUGACUGGCUUCCCAAGGAAGUCCUCAAUGAAAUCAAAAAGACUCCCCGCCAGUCACCAAGGACAAGGAAGGCCAAGCGUGUCGCUAGUUCUAAGUAAGGCUUCAGAGACAUUUAAAGAUGAAGUACAGCUCCAAAUGGCUGCUUUAAAUAACCAUCAACUUGAGAAGGUGGAUUGCGUUGGGGACAAUAAGCAGUUUAUGGAGAAUUCAGAAUGUAAGAAUUUUGAUAACAUCAAGCGUGUUUUUGUACUGUUGAUUACUUGGGAUGUGGUGUUACUGGUGGUGGUAGUAUCCCACAUAGAUUUCAUAAUAUCUUCUUGUUGCCAUAGAUUCUCAGUAUUGUGGUCUUCAUUGUUGCUUCGUCCCUGGUCUCAAACUACUAUACUGAAGUGCCCCCAGGGUGAUCUUCAGAUGUGGUGACUAUUUGUCAUUUACUCACAACAUUCAUUUACAUUCAUUUUUGUUUUUUCGUAACUAGUCAUCACCUCUGAAGAUUGCCUUGGGGGCAUUGGUGUGUAGAGUGGAUGUGGAAAAGUUUACCACUAAGAAGGGCUUCUGUUUGCUAUUAUAAUCACAAGUUUGUAAAAAAAAAAAUUAAAUAUGUCUACAAGGACCAAUAAAACUUUUCCAUAUA